AUGGCACACUCACGCACGUGCUGCCAAAAGUCAGACAGGCGUUCAUGCAGACAAGCAGACCAUUUCAACUAUUGAGGAUCUUUGGUGGACCAAUGUGACAGGACCACCUUAGACUUAAGACGCUGACUGUUUGAGGUUGGCAGUGCUGCCUGCAAGGAUGUCCAGAGCUACGAGAUCAGCCUCCCGGUCUCCGAGCCACUCCAGGUCAAGAUCCCGGUCACGAUCGCACUCCAGAUCCCGGUCCACCUCGCAGUCCAGGAGAAGUAAUUCGCGAUCUCGCUCGAGAAAACAUCGCUACAGCUCUAGGUCUCGGUCUCGAUCAAGAUCUCGUUCAAGAUCUCACUCGCCACUUUAUAACCGUGAGAAGAAAUACUUCAAAGGAUACCAGAACAACCGUGAGUUCCGGGGCUACCACCGUGGCUUCCGGAGGCCAUACAACUUCCGAGGCAGAGGACGGGGCUACUUCCCACGUGGACGGUACCAGCGUGGAGGUGGUGGUGGUGGUGGUGGUGGGGGGGGGAGAGGCUAUAAUUAUAAUAAUAAUAACAAUAAUAAUUUCCGUGGCAACUGGAAGAAUUACAAACAGAACCCCCAGAAGCAGCAAAAUCAGAACCAUCAAAGCCAGUACAAAGAGCGACCCGAGCAACAAAAAUUGUCUGGAAGUCCACCUCCAGGACACUCACGCCACUCUGACCGAUCAGUUUCUCCAUUAUCCAGGCAAUCACAGCAUUCUAAUGCUUCCUCCCACUCCUCUUCUCCCAAAAGUAAGCCAGCCUUGUUGCUGGAUAAUAAAAAUGGUAACAAUAUGAAAGAGGAGCCCUUGGCUUCCAAGGAGGUCCAGAAGGAAGGAGCAGAUGGAGAUCAAAUUGAGGCUAGAAAUGCCAAAGAAGGUCAAAGCGGUGGGAAAACUGAAAGGGGCUGGCAAGGCUUGAUGGACUGUGACAGUAGUCCAAAUCGAGCCAGUCCGGAAAAUCCUGCUGUUGUUGCUCAGGACCGGCAAAACUCUGACCAGGCUGGUAACUCCACCCAAAACAUAAAAAACACCAGCAAUGGCUCCCCCUCCUGGCAGACAGUGAGCAAUUCAUCCUCGACAAAAAAGCUUUCACAAGAAGCGCUAAAUCAAAUGCUUUCCAGUCUUGACAUCCUCAACAGUGAGGAAUACCCAGAUGGAGAAAAAACUGCUAUCACCAUCGCCUUCAGAAAGUUUUUAAAGGAGCACAAUAAAAAAACUAAAUCCACUUGUGGAAAUGACAAGAGCACAGAGGAAAAUACAAUCGAUACGGAAAAAGUCAACAUCAAUGGUCAAGCACCUGCCAGGUUUGCUGACCCUGUGUCAAAUCAGUACAAAGAAGACGCUGCUGAUAAAAUGUCUGUAAACCAUUUGUUGAAAGCUUCCCCUUGUCUGUCUGACGAGGAAGAGGAUGUGAUAACCAAAACUCAUUUAAAGUCACUUCAAAAAGACAAGCACAAUGGGAAGGACGCCUGUAAUCUGAGGUCCAAGACAACCCAAGAGCAGUUUGAGGAGUGCUUUGACAAAUGGCACAGUGUGGGAGCUGACAGUGAGCUGGAUGCCAUGGGAGAGGAGAUGUGCACCAGUCACAAGUCAGCUGCCGUUACUGCCGCCAUCGCUCGGCGGGAAAUGGUGGGGGAUUUUGAAGAACUAGGUUGCAAACCUAGGAAGGUGUCUAAAUCUCCCUCUACCCCAUCUCCAACGCCACCACUGAGGCAGAUGUUUAUGGUCACUGGAGAGAGCUCAUCUCUGUUGUCCGCAAGACAACCGGAGACAAAGAUUAAUGUUAGAAUGAAUUUCCUUGGAGACAGCUUGAUAGGCACUUCAGAGAUUUUAGCUCAGGAGCGACAAUUGUCUCAGGACCUGGUGCAGUCUUCAAAGAGGGGCCAAGAGUUUCACUCCAUCUUUCAACAUGUUCAGGUCACACCACAGCAGAGGACUCCCUCCGAGCUUUUUGCUCAGCACAUUGUUACCAUCCUUCACCACGUCAGAGGUCAGCACUUUGCGCCGUCAAGAAUGACUCUUAACGAGCGAUUCACCGUGUACCAAAGGCAAGCUGCGCAGAAGGAAACCCUGAAACCAAGACAAAGUCCAGAGAUUCACAGGAGAAUUGACGUUUCACCAAGUGCAUUUAAGAAACACUCUCAGGUUUUUGAGGCAAUGAAAAGCGCAGAAGAUGGCACUUACAAGGACUCUGGGGAAAAAAUGAAGGCUGACCCAAUGGACCUACGCUUGGAUAUCGAGCGUCGUAAAAAAUAUACCAGCCGCGAAACAGAUUACAGCCACGAUGAAGUGGCUUCCCCAGUCUCUCAUAUGAAUAGCGAGAGAUCUGUGGAAAAGAUGUCCUACAGCAACAAGAAACCAACGGUCAGUGAGAGCAAAGGCUCUCGAUCCAGGUCGUCCUCAUCUUCGUCUUCCUCCAAAUCCCAUAGAGAUGAUUUACCAAAGUCGGAGCUCAAAGAUGAAGGUUUUAACAGGCUUCGGCUGUGUCCAAAUGAAUUACCUGGACCUGCUGAGAAAGAAACAGCAUGGAGAGGAUUCCAAAUACAAUUUCGUGGAAGAGGGUGGAAGAGAGGAAAUCACCAGGGAGACAACUCACAUUGCAAUCAAGACAUGGCACUACAACCCAAUCAUGAAGAAUGGAAUACAGAGUGUCCUCCAAAGAGCAGAACAUACUACUUGCACGACGACAGAGACAGUGAGGUAGACUCCCAGUGGACAGCUAACCGAGGGCAAGGCCGAGGCACCUCCACCCGGGGACGCGGCAGAUUUCUCAUACGCAAAGCAAACACCGGUCCAAACGUCAAAUGGGCCCACAAGUUCAACGGUGACGAAAAAAGCGCUGAACAGGAAAACGGGACGGAUCGGGAACAUGAAGAUGGAAAUACUUGAGUGUAAACUCUGACCUCCUAAGAAUCUUAAAGUGUCUUUUUAUGGAUAAAUCCCUGUUUCACAUACUUCAUUCACUCACAAUGUUAUUGUGGUUCUUAUAAAACAAUUGAUAGAAUUUUGUUCCACUGGCAAUACAAAAAACUCACUUUUGUGCCUUAAACCUAAUUCAAUUUUAUUUGACAGACUGGUUCUUAUAAUCAGUAAUCAGUACACUGUUAUUAGAAUCGUAGGAAACGGACCCUGAUCUGACAGAGGGACCAAACUAUAAAGGGUCAAAAUGUAACAGUCUUUUGUUGGUUGACUUAUCAGAUUUUACCAUAGUCGAGCAUAAAAUUUGAUAAUGCUAUUCAUAUUGUGACAUUCUGCUUUUAGAUUUACCUUCUUCACAUAAUGACUUUUAGCAAACUAGCAGUAGAAAAACACUUUAAAAAUAUAAUUUUUUUUAAUUUGUUGAGGGAUGUUUUUGUGUUGCGUUGAGAAUCAUUUAGAUUUGGUCACUGUGUGCAAAAUGUGUCAACAUAGUCUGUAAGUGGAAAAUGAGGUAAAUUCGUACAGCAAAAAAAACGGGACUUUUUAUAUAUACUUCAAGGGAAACUACAAAGACUUAAAAUCUUACCAACAUUUUUUUACAUCUGCUUUUUUUUCAGUGAAGUACACCAGAACAUGGUCAAAGAUGUAUAUACCAAAAAAAAGCAGUGAUCCAGUAAUACUGAUUAAAAUAAAAUGAUGCGCUGUGAUCAUACUGGAGUUAUGAAACAAUGACAUUUAAGUAUUUGAAUGGUUUUUGUCCCUAUCCACUGUGGAAAAUUGGCUUUUUCAUAGCCAAUUCUUCUACAAGCUGUAUGUUAGCCAUUUGGGAAUAUUGUUUUUUUUGUUCCACAUGUGUUUGCUAUCUUGGAGGACAUGUUAAUUAAAU